AUGAUUCUCACCGAUUACCACGUCUUGCUACAGCAGGAGAGAGAAGACAACCAGGUCCAAAGUGUGAGAAAUGACCAAGAAGCCAAUAGGCUAAGGAUGCUGAGGCAGGAAGGCCAAAGUUCCACAGGUCCUUGUGAUAGCCCGUGGAUUGAAGAUGAAAUCAAGAUCAUGCUGGAAGAGUGGGCGAGGGUUGAAUAUGAACUCGGAGACACAGGCAAUAUGAUGGAUGAGAAGGCCGAGUCCCUUAGCAGGCACCUCUCUAAUCGGGGUCUGAGGAAGAGCAAGAAUAGCUGCCUUGAUGUGAUGGUGAAGAUGAAGCACCUGCACACACAACUUUGUAAAGAGAGGCCCCGGGCUGGCCCCUUGUAUUCUCCUCAUCGUUUGAUCCUAUAUGGCAUCUUGGGCCACCCUACAUCCCAGAGAGGCUAUGUUCAAGGUGCUCUGUUUGAUUGGUCUGGUUACCCCAUGCCUUCGUGGAGCACUCAACCUCCAAUGCUGAUGCCAUCUCCAGUAUACCAGCCUUGGGAUUAUGGCAUGUCUGCAUCUUCUGGACAGCUUCCUGGGAACCCAUUACCGAUAAUGUCCAGUCAGGAUUCCCAGUUUCCCAGAUCGUUCGCCUGGAAUGCCACCUAUCCAUUGCCAGUUAAAAAACAUGUAAUUCCUGCCUCUAUCCCUGGAGAUACCAACCUUCAGCUGCUGAGGUCACCUCCUGAUGACAACUCUAGUCCUCAGUGA